AUGGCUAACCAAGUGCGUCUCUAUCAACAUUCAGCUCGUUGUCCAGAAGCACUUCGUUCAUUUCUUGAUUGUAAUCCUAUGUAUUGGUGUUUUAUUCCUCUACCUUGGGAUGAAGCAGUAACAGAAAAUGUUGCUAAUCGUCCAGGAAAUUCUACUACAGAUCCCAAUCUGGAUGCUGUGAUAGCAACAACAGCCGUAGACAAUCGUAGGGUGGCUAAUUAUCUAGAUAAUGUACCAUUACCACCAACUUCCUAUGCCUUCUCAUAUCGACAGCUAAAACAACAGCGUCUAUUUUUCGAACGACUUGUUACUUCUUCCAUUCAUUACCGGCCUUAUAUCAAAUUAGAUUUGUAUAACAUAGCAAUUAUUGCCGUUUUACCAGAUGAUUGUCCAAUAAUAUUACGAUACAUCAUCGAAACGUUAUUCAUUAUUCAUGGUGAAACUACAUUAAAUAUGAUUUGUCCACUUGGUGGUGAUGCUGAAAAACGUUACGGUCCUCUGUAUAACCUAUAUUGGUGUGCUAAUUUGAAUAAUUCAUCAAUGUGA